GUCCGCGUGCGCGCAGGGAAAGUCGCCUGCCGAUAAUUUUCUAAUUUAACAGUCAAUGUGAUGUCAUUGUGAGGGAGAGACGCCAGGGAGCGUCUUAAUUCGCCAUCUAUUGCGCUCACUCCAUCUUCACUCCGUCCCUCCCCCGGAUCCCGUCGGUCAGAACGGCAGACGCACGCAUUACCUUCCCUGGACCAUUCAGUGGGUCACCACCAUCCGAGAAAAGCAACUACAGGUGAAAGUAAUAACCGUAAUAAAUAAGCCGGCUGCGGGAGAGGAUCGCGGAAAGGGCGAAGCAAGAAGGUGGGAUAUUAUUUACGGAGGAUAAUGCGCGAAAGUCGCCUUCGCUGCUGUCGGAGAAUCGGAAUAGAGCAAGCGGUGGAUGGGGUGACAUACCCCACAAGGAGGUCCCGAAGCUGGCCCGCCGGGUUGUGCGCGUCCUGGACCGGUCUCCGGUGCUGACGGGCGAGAUCCGGAUAGGGGGGUAGGAGACAGGAUGCAGGGGGUGACGGUGACCGGAGAGGCGCCCAUUCUGAAUGGUGGCGGGAGGGAAGAGCAGCGCCCCCUGAAGCAGUCCCUGAGCGGCUCCCUGUGUCGAGAGUCCCACUGGAAGUGUCUGCUGCUCACUCUGCUCAUGUACGGCUGCUUCGGCACGCUGGGCUGGUGCUCCUUCUACCGCGUCACCGUCAUGGCCGACGACCACGGCUCCGCCUUCUACUACGGCAGCCGCGCCCGCCUCUACCACGACAGCCCCUGCUCCAACGGCUACGUCUACAUCCCCCUGGCUUUUCUGGUGAUGCUCUACGCCGUCUACCUGGUGGAGUGUUGGUACUGCUACUCCAAGACCUCCACCCUUGCCAAGGUGGAGAUCAGCGACGUCUACGAGCGCGUGCAGCGCCUCCAGCGGGCCACGCCCUGCAUCUGGUGGAAGGCCAUCAGCUACCACUACGUGCGGCGCACGCGGCAGGUAACACGCUACCGCAACGGCGACGCCUACACCACCACGCAGGUCUACCACGAGCGCGUCAACACGCACGCCGCCAGCUCCGAGUUCGACUACACCCGGCACGGCGUCAAGGACGUCUCCAAGGAGCUGCUGGGCCUGCUGGACCACCCGGCGACUCGGCUCCGCUUCACCAAGUGCUUCAGCUUUGCCAGUGCCCGUGCCGAGACCGCCUACCUCACCCAGCGUGCCCGCUUCUUUGGAGACAACGAGGGUCUGGACGACUACAUGGAGGCCCGCGAGGGCAUGCAUCUGAAGAACGUGGACUUCCGCGAGCACAUGCUGGCCUUCCCCGACCCAUCUCGCCAGCCCUGGUACUCGCGGCGCCACAUCUUCUGGUUGGCGUCCAUCCUCUUGCUCUCCUGGCCCCUGCGCGUGGUCUCUGAGUACCGGACAGCGUACGUGCACUACCAUGUGGAAAAGCUGUUCGGGGAGGGCGAGGAUGCCAAUGACAACACACCUGAGGAUGGAGGCUUCCGGGCCGGUGGGGAGAGCGGGGGCCCCAAUUACCGCAUGAUCUCACGGGUCAACACCGUAGACAUGACCGAGCUGGAGUGGCACAUCCGCUGCAACCAGCAGAUGGUGCCCAGCUACUCUGAGGCCUUGCUCAUGGACCCGGACCCCAACGCGAACCCUGCUUUGCCAACUAGGGGGAGCUCCCUGGCCAGGUUGGGGCCCCACAGUGGUGGCUACUUCCUCCAGAACUGCCCCCGCUGCAGGAGAUCCCCCAGUAGCGCUUCGCUGCCCUCGAGGGUGAGGGGUAGUGUCGCCAUUGCGACGGCGGGGCGCCCAGGGGGCCGCGGGGCCACGAGGCUGGCACCAAGCCGCAGCGGAUUCUCCCUGGGCCGCCUGCAGACGUCACGCCAUGCCUGCCUGUUCCACUCCAGGAGCUUGGGAGGCCUAGGAGCCAGGGGGGAGGAAGGGGGCGGGGGGUUCCUGGGAUUUGGGGCCCGACGGGAUGAGGAGAGCCAGGGUGUGCUGGGGAGAGGGGGGUACGGCGAUGAGGAGGAGGAGGAAGAGAGGGCGUCCGAGCAGGAUGUGGAGGGGGAGACGGACACAAAUCGGCAAGGAGACAGACCCCCCGACUACCGUGAUGCUCUGUUCUUCCCCUUGCUGAUUGUCCACGGGGAGGAGAGUUGCCAUGGCGAAGGAGCGCUGUGAUGGAGCUGCCACCGACAGGAACGGGCGUCCGUACCCGGAGAGAGGGACAGGGGAGGGCGCGGGCGGGUCAGGGAGACAGACACAGAGAGGAGAAACAUAUGGAGCCUGAGAGGAGAGAGACGGCAGGCGAGUGUCAGGGGAGGAGGCAGACUCGAGCGAGCUUUCAGAGCUUGGGGGACAAGUAAUAACCGUGACAGGCUGUCUUCUGAAGAUGGAUGAACAGGAGGGGCUUUGCACUAAAGGGUGAGCUAAUGGUGAAUGCAGAGCAGCUCCAUAAAGCUGCCUGUGAAUGUAAACCUCACACCAGAGCAGAAGAUGACAGGCCUGACACCAGCUAGUUCUGCAGGUGGAGACUGUCGUCUGGUGACGCUUGAGGUGUAAACAUGAGGACUGCUAAUGCAGGACUGCUUCGGCCUACUGUCUGCUGGUCUUCAGGCGCUUCCCUGGUAGUGACCUUUGGGCUUUUGCGUUUAAUCUACGCCAAAAUGAAUGGUUUCCACCCCAUUCAUCUCCGGACAAUAUGGCCUCAAAUCGGCGUCACCUUCAUAACAGUUAUGGCCCUUUAGGUCACACUAGAUGACUUUUUAGGUUUGCGGGCAGAAGCAGAAAAGUCAGAAACUACGAUUUGUCACGAGUGGCGAUUAUGGUUCGCCCAGAACGAGGCAAUGAGGACUUCAAUGUCUCCUGGAUACAGCACAAGCAUCUGUCAUAUAGCACACAUAAAAUGAAAUGUACGGACUCUCUGUGGAGCAAGUGUAGUAUGUGCCUACAGUGAAUUGCUGGUGGACAGUCACCCCCCCCCCCCACCCCACCCCAUCAUCACCCUCGGGAUGAUCACCACGUGCACAGGGGACGACUUUUAGAGUUAUGGGGUCUGAUGUUAUGAUUCUUUUCCCCCUGCAUUUAAACUGAAAUGAUAAACAGAGCAGACUCUCAGAGGGAUAGGAAGAUCUGGAAUGGUGAUGGAGGGAGAGAGGGACAUUCUACCCGCUGCCUGUGUCUUGCGGGCGCCAUGGCGACGGAGCAGCCGGAUGCACUGGUGCUCGGCGCGGAGGUCCUGCUUGCAGAGGCAGCGCAGGUGCAGAUGCGAUGCUGGGAGCAGAGCGCGCAGCUGUCUGCCGUGGCCGCCCAGCUGCGGCACGAGAGCCAGGUGCUGCAGGAGCAGUGCGGCGCCGCCCUGGUGGACAUGGCUGAGCUGCGCGGGAGGCUGGAGGAGCUGCUGGACACCAAGGCAGCGUUCGAAGCCCGGGAGAGGCAGGCACGCAAGCUCAGCAAGCAGCUA